AUGGUUGCGCUGUCGGUUCUGGGCCUGGGUUUAGCUGUCUAUAAGCUUUGGCAGCCGGAAGAGACGGAAGAACAGAUUCGCCAGGUGGUCGAGUCCGAGGAGCUGUUGCUCUCGCUCACGCCCCAGCUAAAGAAGCUGGCCAGCAGUGCGAUGAAUCUGCAACUGCCAGAUUUUCGCAGCACCGAGCUGUUUGCCGACCAGGUCACGGUGAACGAUCUCGACGCGGAACACGGCGAUCAUGUCGACCACGAGAUGGAAAGCGUCUCGAUCGCGGUCGAUAAAUGGGAUGUCACCAAAGAUCCCAUCACAGCCUCGCCCGAGGAAUUGGACUUGUGGCGGCCGCUGCUCGAAAGGGUGGAGUACUUUGAUCACGCAAAGUUCUACCUGGUGCGUGGCGAGUAUGUGGGCGACUCAAGAGACCGGUGGGAAGCCGAAGUCGGGUUCGCUGGUCUGGCUCGAUUGAAAGACGGCCAGUGGUGCUCGGUGAAGGGUAGCCAAGACAUGGUGUUUGCCAGGCAACCUUCAACGGUAGCUCAAUCUAAGGACGACUGGCGGAUCGCCGACUGGCAUCUUCAUUACCUGAAGACGAUGCGGACCUCAAAGCCGCUCUUCCGCGAGGUGCUCGACGAAGCAGUUCCCGACAGCGAAGCUCUGGCAUUGGCCCGUCGCUCGUUAAAUGACGAAUGGCGUGUGAAGCUCUCGAAAGACCCGCAGUUCAAAGAACCGUACCCGCACUUUGCCGACGCGUUCAACUACGAGUCGGGCGUGUCGGUGGUGGAUCUGAACCGGGAUGGCUUCGACGACUUCCUGGUCGUUCCUCGGUGGGGACAUCUCUUGUUCUUCGAGAAUCAGGGCGACGGCACUUUCAAAGAAAAAGCCGCCGAAUUGGGGCUCAACUUUGAGGACCAUUGCACUUCGGCCAUCUUUGCCGAUUUCGAUAACGAUGGUGAUUCUGACUUGUUCCUGGGUCGUUCGCUGAAGCCGGCGGUGUACCUGAUGAACGAAGGCGGGGUGUUCGUCGACCGCUCAGACUCGCAUGUUGGCUUGCAGUUGCCUUCGCUCAUCCACUCGAUUUCUGCCGUCGAUUACAACAACGAUGGCUUGUUGGACGUUUACAUUUCGACCUACGCCGCAUACAUCGUCCAACGCGAAUUGCAGCAGGCUUCGCCCAACUCACCAGACGCGGUUCUGCCCGACUUCCUAGACGAAGAAACCAGUGCCCAGCUCGCCGAGCGGGUUCGUAACGAGCAUCACCCCAUUCUCGAUCGCAGUGGGCCCCCCAACAUCCUGCUGUUGAAUUCUGGUGACGGGAAGUUCGAGCGUUCGCCUGUCUCCGAUCAACUGGCCGUGUGGCGGAAUACCUUCCAGGCGACCUGGGCCGAUAUCGACAACGACGGCGACCAGGAUGUGUACGUGGCGAACGAUUUCGCCCCCAACAAUCUGUUCCGCAACAAAGGGGAUGGGUCGUUUGAAGACAUCACCGAACCGACCCAAACCGCCGAUGUGGGCUUCGGUAUGGGGGUCGCGUUUGGCGACUACGAUUUCGACGGACGGCAGGAUCUUUACGUAUCGAACAUGUACAGCAAGGCCGGACGCCGCAUUACAGCCCAAUUUCCCGACCUCGACCCUCGCUUCGCCGCCAUGGCGCGGGGGAACUCGCUGUUUCACAAUCUCGACGAAAGCUUCGAGAAGGUCUCCGGUGUGGAUGAACCUUCGUUGCUGGUCGAAGCGGCUGGCUGGUCGUGGGGUGGGCAGUUUCUCGAUCUGGAUAAUGACACCGACCUCGACAUCUUCGCCCUGAGCGGCAAUCACUCGGAACCCGAUGAGACUGCCGUUCAGGCGUGGAAGCCUCAGGGAACGACUGAAUACACAGUCAACGACUUGCUGAAUACUACGGUGCCGCCUGGGUUCUCGUUCUCGGGAUCGGAACGCAAUCACCUGUUCAUUAGCCGCGAUGCCGAGCAGUUCGACGAUGUUUCAGGCGUGUCGGGGCUCGACUCCACGGCAGACAGUCGCAGCUUCGCAGUGCUCGAUUUCAACCGUGACGGGCUGCAGGACGUGGUCGUGGUGAACGUCAGCGAGCCAACCUUGAACUUGUACCGCAACGAAACGGACAAGACGGCCGGCGAAGGCAACUCCACUGCCAAGAAUAUGUUUGCGAUUCGCUUCCGCGGUGGAAACACCUCGGGCAAAUCCUCCAGCGAGUAUUCAACUCGUGAUGGAUACGGCACAAUGGUUCGCCUGCAAGUGGGAGAACGCACGCUGCUGCGUCAGCACCGCUGCGGCGAAGGGUUUGCUUCGCAGAAUAGCAACACCAUGAUCAUCGGCCUAGGUCCAACAGAAUCGGUGAAUAACGUCGAAAUCCAAUGGCCCUCGGGCAUUGCGCAAACCAUUCCUGAGGCGAAAGCCGGAACCUUAAUUACCGUGUACGAGAAUCCUGCAGAUUCGCCCAGUGGCGACUUCUAUGCGAGCGAGCCGUACACAUCGGAGAAGCCAGCACCCACGCAAGAGAAGACAGGCGAUUCGGACUUGCCGAAGUUGGUUUUGCAAUCACUCGACUCUGAUGCCUUGGCAGACGUGCGGAUGUACACCACCACGGCCACCUGGUGCAGUGCUUGCAAGACAUUCCUUCCACAGUUGAAGAAGCUGCGAGAGUCGUUCGAGCCUUCGGCGCUGGCUAUUUAUGGGCUUCCAGUCGAUCCGGACGAUGACCAAGAAAAACUGGCGAGAUACGUUCGCGACUACGACCCGGCGUACGACAUGGUGCCAGCGCUUGAGCCCGAGGAGCGUGACCAGGUCGAGGACUUGGUGCUAGCCAAAUUCAAGGACUCUGCUCCGCUGCCCACCACCAUCAUCACCGACCGCGAUGGGCAUGUCCUGCUCACCACCGGCGGUGUGCCCACGCUUUCCGAAGUAAGGCGGUUGAUGGAUCAACUGCAGUAG